GGCGCGUUUUGUGGUUUUGCGAUUACGUUGAUUUCAUUGCAAAGCAAAUUGUGCGUGGAAUAGCAUACUUGUGAAAGCUCAUUACUGUUAUCUGAAGCAAAAUAAACAGAUUGGCCGGCGACUGGGUGCGCCCAGUUACCUGGAAACCUAUGAAAUUGCAGUUUGUUUAUUGCAAUUCCAGAUACAGCUAAAGCACCUGUGAUUGGCACCAAAGAGUAAACAGCCGCGGUCGGAGAGCGGUUCGCCGAUCGGCGGUUUACGGUUACGGUUCCGGCUCUAUAAAUAUGGCUGCUCGCCAGCUGGGGCGCUUAGUCCGAUCGCUAGCCGUUGAUCUUUCGGGUACAGUGAGUUCCCUCCGUAGGGGUACAGUGAGCACUUACAGCACGGCGACCACUCUCAGUACAGUGAGCAUCCAACGCAUGGAGCCCCUGGCAGCAUCGGGCUCGGGUUGUAGCCUGGCCGAGCUCGUCCUUAAUCCCCCUUCACAGAGUUGUAAUGGAAAUCAUAGUACGAGUAAUGGUUCUACCACCAGCAGCAACAACAACAAGGCCGAGAAUGCCGCCUUUGAGGAGGCCAUCAUGCAGCUGAACUUCCUGCAGUCGAACGAUGCUGCCAUAAGGAAUUCGAUGAGCAAUGCCCGCGUGGAUACCAAGGCGGAUACCAUUAAGUACCUGGAGCGGAGCGGUCUGCCGCUGGAAACCGUCGAGCGGCUGUCCUUCAUCCAUGUAGCCGGUACCAAGGGCAAGGGCUCCACCUGCGCUCUGACCGAAUCCCUGCUGCGUCACAAAGGCGUCCGCACGGGAUUCUUCAGCUCCCCGCACAUCCUGUCCACCAACGAGCGGAUCCGCAUCGAUGGCCAGCUGCUGGCCAAAGAUAAGUUCACGGAGCAGUUCUGGAAGGUGUACAAUCGACUGUGGAAGCUGCGGGAACACGAUCACGACAUGCCCGCCUACUUUAAAUUCCUCACGAUUCUGGGAUUCCAUGUCUUCAUUGCGGAGAAGGUGGAUGUGGUCGUUUUGGAGGUGGGAAUCGGUGGGGAGCAUGACUGCACCAAUAUCGUGAGGAAUGUACGCACCGUGGGCAUCACAUCGCUGGGACUGGAGCACACAGAGCUGUUGGGUCAUACGCUGCCGGAAAUCGCGUGGCAGAAGGCGGGUAUCAUCAAGCCGGGAUCACAUGUCUUUACCCAUGUCGGGCAGCCGGAGUGCCUGGAGGUGAUUCGCCAGCGCACGCAGGAGCAAUCAGCAACGCUCUACGAAGUCCCGCCCACCGAGGACUACUUCCGAUCGGAGGCAUAUGCUCCGAUUUGGGAGAGUUUCAGCCACAUGAUCCGUCUGAAUGGCUCCCUGGCCAUUCAGCUGGCCGGCGAUUGGCUAUCGCAGGCGAGGAGUCCCCUGCAGCAGGAGCACACGCCCAACGGGGUGAGGAUGGACCCGCAGCUGCUGCGCGGACUGGUCAGCACCCACUGGCCAGGUCGCUGCCAGCUGAUCCACUGGCACGGGCUGCGGCUUCAUUUCGACGGAGCACACACCCUGGAGAGCAUGGCCGUGUGCACGGACUGGUUCGAGAAGAGCGUGCGAAACAGUGUCAACCCAAAGAUCCUGAUCUUCAACCGCACCGGAGAAUCCGGCUUCGCACCACUGCUGGAGCUACUGAAUCGCACCUGUGCCUUCGACAUGGUCUGCUUUGUGCCCAAUCUGGCCACCUCCACACCGAAUGCUCCCAGCCAAGUGAUGGUUCGCUUCAGCGCCGAGAUGCAAUUGAAGAGGGCGAGAACCAUUGCCGGCGAAUGGAGCGACCUGUGCGCAAGGCAGGGGCUAAAGGAUAAGGGUCAGGUGUUCGACACACUAACCGAUGCCUUCACCGCCAUCCGGCGAAGAUUUCCCCAAACGGACAACGGCGGACAGCUCGAGGUCCUCGUCACCGGUUCCAUUCAUCUCCUGGGUGCAGCGAUAAGUGCCCUAGACCUGAUCGAUGAAUCGCAGAACUGACUUGUACAUUCCCAGUGAAACAGAAAUCAAUUAUUGUAUAGGAGUAUCCCAGUCCUACAGUCUCGAAACCCAGAAUGAAACAGAGGGUAUAGGAUAAGAUUUAGUUGUAGUUUAGACCAGUCCUAUAGGCCUGACUUCUAGCAUUAACGUCACGUCUUCGGACUUUAAAAUGUUAUAAAACAUACAAAAACAUUAUAAAUAUUAUUUUCUUACUUGUUAAUAAACAGAAUUAUUCCUAUAGUCCUGAAAUCCACAGGUAACUAACUUCA